UAUAAACAAUGUAAUUUAGAACUUUCACUUCAUAAUUAUUUACGACUUGAACAACAAUGAAGUCUCUAUUUUGGUUCUCUAUACUUUGCGCAUUUUCUCUAUCCGUAUACGCGGAGAAAUGCAUCAACAACCAAUUGUAUGCUAACAAAGAAAAUUGCCACACUUUCUUAAUUUGUGACAAUGGAAAAUUGGUUCAAAUGGACUGUCCUGCAAAUUUGCAGUGGAAUAAUGUUGACAAACGUUGCGAUUGGCCAAAUGAUCCAGUUUGCCCGGAACAAACUACCCAAGGUUCAACGGUAACCGAAGAUAGCAGCAGCGAAGAAUCUUCGGAAAUUGUCACAGAAGGAUCUACAACAGAAGGUACUGUAACUACAACCGAAGGAAACAGCAGCGAGGAAUCUUCCGAAACUGUUACCGAAGAAACUACAACGAAAGGUGACGUAACUGAAGAAAGCAGCAGCGGGGAAUCUACCGAAACUGUUACCGGAGAAACUACAACGGAAGGUGCCGUAACUGAAGAAAGUAGCAGCGAGGAAGGUUCAGUCACUGAAGAAACUAGCAAUGAAGAAUCUUCUGAAACUACAACUGAAGUAACUGAAGAAGCUAGCAGCGAGGAAUCUGGAAUAGUUACUGAGGAACCUACUAUUGAUUCUAACAAAACUACUACUGAACCAUGGACAAUGCCCCCUUGGUUGGGUUUCUUUUAAACAAAUGUAUAUAAAAUAAAUUAUGCAUUAUGUAUAUAAAUCAUAAAUUAUUUACAUUUGAACAAAUA